UCAGCGGGGGGGGCGCUGAAAAGCGGCGGCGGCUCCGGGCGGUUCGGCAGCGGCGGGGAUGGAGCUGCCGGGACUGGGUCAGCACUGCUCGGAAAGCACCUGCAAACAGCUCGACUUCCUUCCUCUGAAAUGUGAUGCUUGUGGGGAACUCUUCUGCAAAGAUCACAUCCGCUCUGAUGACCACAAGUGUGGCUCUGCCUACAAGAAAAAUGUGCAGGUUCCAGUGUGUCCCCUCUGCAAUGCACCUAUCCCAAUUCAGAAGGGGGAAAUCCCAGAUGUUGUGGUUGGAGCCCACAUGGAUAAGGACUGUAAAUACAAUCCAGCACAGCAAAAGCAGAGGAUCUUCACAAACAAGUGCUCUAAACCAGGCUGCAAAAGAAAAGAGAUGAUGAAGGUGGUUUGUGAGCAGUGUGGUGGCAACUUCUGCAUAAAACAUCGACAUCCUCUGGAUCACAACUGCACAGGGAGCAGCCACCCCAUUUCCAAGGCAGGAUAUGCAGCUCUGCUGAGAGCCUCUCAAACCCCCUUCGACUCAACGGGAGCCAUUGGAGUGCCAUCUAAUGGGAGUCAGCAGCACAACAGAUGCAGGUAGUGGCUCUUCACGGGUGGAUCAAACCUCUCUCCACCUGCAAGUUAAUCUUGUCUACAGCUCUUUACAUUUUCUAUGCAAUUAACUUAUUUUUGUAUCAUGUUUUAUGCAUUCAAUAAACUGUCACAGUUUCCAAGCCAA